UCGCGCGAACGGCUGUCACAAAACGCACAAAGAGUAUGGCGCGCAAAUUCUUCGUCGGUGGCAAUUGGAAGAUGAAUGGCACGAAGAGCGAGAUCAACGACAUCGUCGCGUUCCUGAAGACCGGCCCGCUUGACCCCAACGUUGAAGUCGUGGUUGGAGUACCGUCGAUAUAUCUCGCAUACGUGACGUCCAUUGUGCCCAAUAAUGUCAGUGUCAGUGCACAGAACACAUACAAAGUGGCUAAAGGAGCUUUCACUGGCGAAAUCAGCCCAGGAAUGCUUCUGGACAACAAUAUCCCCUGGGUGAUCCUUGGUCACUCUGAACGUAGAAAUGUGUUCGGCGAGACGGACGAGCUGAUCGCAGAGAAAAUCGCGCAUGCCUUAGAAGCUGGUUUAAAGGUAAUCGCGUGUAUAGGUGAGAAAUUAGAGGAACGCGAGGCGGGCAAAACCGAGGAAGUGGUGUACAAACAGACCAAGGCGAUAGCGGACAAGGUAAAAUCCUGGGACAACGUGGUAUUAGCUUACGAACCAGUCUGGGCGAUAGGCACAGGUAAAACCGCGACGCCGCAACAGGCGCAGGAAGUUCACGAGAAAUUACGGGAAUGGUUGUCCAAGAACGUCAACCCCAACGUUUCGCAAACUUUGCGGAUCAUCUACGGCGGCUCCGUAACGGCGGGCAAUGCCAAGGACUUGGCGAAGGAGAAGGACAUCGAUGGAUUCUUGGUCGGCGGCGCGUCGUUGAAACCCGACUUUGUACAGAUCGUUAAUGCUCGUUGUUAAAACGCAAAAACUUAUCAUCUUCCAUAACGUUGUGCCAGAUCAAAUAUAACAGAGAUUUUAUGCAUAUUAUGAGUACAAAUGAGAGAUGAUGCAUAUCGUUAGUCAUUUUACUCGAACAUGUAAAUUAUUCCAAUGAUAAAAAGGGAAGUUACAUUCAUUAUAAACUUUGUCAAGUUUUAAAAUGCUUGCUAUAUAUCUAAAAUAGAGGAGUAUGUUAUAUUGUUGUUAUGACUGUUGUAUAUGUAACUCUUGAGUAUCUAUGUUGCAAAAUAUAUAUUCUAGAGCAACAGAUCACUUAAAUUCAAGUAAUCAUUAGCAAUUUCUGUAGCAUUGUUGAUACAAUUGAUGGAUAAAACUUAAAGAUAUGAGAAAUUAGCAAUAAAUGUUUGAACAAAUCUGUUACUACAUGCAA